AAAUCCGCAUUAGCGACAGUACACCAUGCGUUCCGGAUUCAGAAACGGAUUAGUAAUAGUUGUGUGCCUGUUUAUGCUGUUAGUUUAUCUAUUCAUCAACGAGCUCUUUAACGGCGGCCGAGGACGUGUCGUACUAUUGAGACCGGCACCAAUACUUGACGUUACAUCGGCUGUACCAACCGAUGAGGAUAAGCCUAUCACCACAACCCCGGACGGGACAACGUUAUUCAAAUUCGUCUACACCACGAAAGGGCUCGAUGCGCGUUAUCCGAUUCCUCCGGGUGAUAUGGGUGCUCCGGUGGAGAACGAUCUAAAUGAUACCGAGGUUGACACACUGAUGCAAGACGGGAUAGUUAAGCAGGGUUUCAAUGAGUAUUUCUCGAACUUAAUGUCAGUCCACCGAAGACUGCCGGAGGUUCGUGAUCCUUGGUGUCGGGAACCGGGACGGUAUCCCGCGAACCUACCGCCGACCUCGAUCGUGAUCGUGUUCUACAACGAGGCAUGGUCGGUGCUGGUACGUACCGUGCACUCCAUACUGGAUCGAUCACCAGCCAAUCUCAUUCACGAAAUUGUACUUGUGGAUGACUAUAGCUAUCUACCUCAUCUUAAGACGCAACUGCAGGAAUACUUUGCCCGCUACGAGAAGGUUCGCAUUCUGCGUGCUCCGAAACGAUUAGGAUUGAUACGGGCACGGAUGUUUGGGGCACAAAACACAACCACCGAUCUUAUCACCUUCCUCGACGCGCAUGUAGAAGUCACAGUAGGCUGGCUGGAGGCGCUGCUCGAUGUGGUAGCACACAAUUGGACCACUAUUGCGAUACCAACAAUCGAUUGGGUCGACGAGUAUAAUAUGAAGUACAAGGAUGAUAAGGCGCCGAUCUUUAUCGGAGCAUACGAUUGGGAUCUCAACUUCGGUUGGUGGGGUCGUUGGUCGAUGAAGAAAAAGUACGACAACAAGAUGGUUCCCUUCGAUACCCCCGCGAUGGCCGGUGGUCUGUUCACGAUCAAUCGGACGUUCUUCGAGCGGCUCGGUUGGUACGACGAGGGUUUCGACAUUUACGGUAUCGAGAACAUUGAGCUGUCGAUGAAGAGCUGGAUGUGCGGAGGCAAGAUGGUGACGGUACCGUGUUCCCGUGUAGGGCACAUUCAAAAGGCUGGCCAUCCUUAUCUGACGCGUGAAACCAAGGACGUGGUGCGUGCGAACUCGAUCCGACUGGCGGAAGUGUGGAUGGAUGAGUACAAGGGUAUCAUCUACGAUAUCUACGGCAUACCGCACUACUCGGAGGAAGAGUUCGGUUCCGUCGAACAUCGCAAAGCCAUACGUCAGAAGGCCGGUUGUCAACCGUUUCGGUAUUACCUUGAGAACGCGUUCCCGGAGAUGCAUAAUCCGAUGGUACCGGGUGCGUUCCGUGGCGAGGUUCAUAAUGGUGCGCUGGGUAACGGGACCUGCUUAACGUAUCGAGGCACGGACAACUUCUUAGGUAUGGCACCGUGCGAUCAUCUCGAGAAGAGUCAAUUCUGGACGCACAACUACUACCAGGAGCUGAACAGCUAUCAAAAUUGUAUCGAUGGGCCCAACUUGGCCGUCUACCGGUGUCACAAAAGCCGUGGCAAUCAGGCCUGGAAGUACAUGGUAGAUAGCAAGCAAAUACAGUUGGCUGCAAAGGCAGAUAAGUGUCUUUCGCUGAAUACAGCGACAAACGUCACGCUGCUGAUGGAGCAGUGCGAUGUGACCAAAGCGCAGCAAAAGUGGAUAGUUUCCUUCGUACAGCUGGAUGUGUCUAUGCUGCUGGAGAGCCAGACAAAGGCUUAGAAAUAAAUUCGAAAUGGCAGCACAGCCUACUUUGAUGACACGUGUCUUUACCAAGUUGUGACAGAACACUCUGCACACUCAGUAGGCUAUUAACGCAUUUUGUAACGGAUCAAUCGACAACAUUGACAUUUUUGCUUCUUA